AUGUAUUCAAAGACUAUCGCGUUAAUUAUUCAGUCGUACCUUUAUAUUAAAGCGGGGACGAAACCUCAUAAUUUAACUAGUAAACCAUCAGAAGUUAUUAAAAAAGAAGGAAUAAUUGGAUUUUAUACGGUCUAUAUAUUUCCUUACAUGAUAGUUUCAGUAGCAAUCUUUAUAUCAACUUAUUACAUUUUUCUUAUGUUUGGACAACAGUACAAAGCGGAAUUGUUACACGAAAGAGAUUUAUCAUCUUGGUAUCUUGUUGAUUUGAUUUUCUACUUUACCACAGUAUUCGGAGCAUUAUUAAGAUUAUGGUGUUAUAGGUCGUUGGAUGAGUUUUUCACUUUUGAUCUUAAUGUUCAAAAGGAUCAUAAAUUAAUCACAACCGGUCCAUACUCAUUACUAAUUCAUCCAUCUUAUACAGGUUAUACAUUAAUGUUGGCAAAUAUAGAAUAUAUGUCUUUCGUCAUUAAGGAUUAUCUUCCAAAUUAUAUUGAAAUUUUAAUUUUCAACUAUGUCACAGUUUUAGUAUUUUUUUUAAUAUUUUUUAAUAGAAUAACUGUUGAAGAAAAAAUUUUGAAAAAACAUUUUGGAAGAGAUUGGGAAGUUUAUUGUAGUCAAAGAAAAAGAUUCAUUCCUUAUUUGUUGUAA